AUGAGCGUUGCCUAUGUAACAUGGAAACGCCUACAACUGUUUCAUGUACUUCCAUUUGUACUUGUGAUUUCUUCGUAUGCGUAUGCGCAGGAGACACGAAUCGGCGUAGUCGAGAGCGAGCCAAAGUUCGGAGCGCAACUAGCCGCAGCGUUGGAUGCUGGUCUUAAGGAUCACGCACUGCAGGAAGCGAAAAAGCGAGACCGAGGGUCUAUUGACUCAGACGAGGCUGAUAGUGAAUUAUCAAACGUACGCCUUGCACCAGUGGAACCCCUGGAACCGCUUGCUCUUCACACACACAUCUGCAUUCAGGCCAACGAAGGAGCUCAAGCUGUAGCGGGCAGCGCGGGGAUAGCAGCGGCAGCAAGAUCGGGAUUGCUUUUACUACUUGCAGCGCCUAACGAAGAUGGGGAGAGCACCGCGCUUGAGCUGUUUCCGAGAAUGGAGGCACUUGCAGCAGCAGUGGCUGCCCUGUGUGAGGCAAAAGACUGGCGAGAAGCAGUUUUGCUGCACGCAGAUAGCGCGCGGGUAUUACCGAUGCUUCCAUUGCGGUUACGCGCCCGGCAACUGCCUCCACCUGAAGAUGAGGAUGCUUUAAGGAAUCUUUUAUUGGUGCUGAAGAAAUGGGGUGCAACAAAGUUCAUAGUGUGGUGUGAUGCAGAAUGUAGCAUUCGCGUGCUGGAUGCCGCGCAGCGUGUGGGGCUGCUAUCAGAACGACACUCUUACUUGUUUCCUGCCAUCGACCUUCCUACUCUGCCAUUAGAUGACUAUAGUCAUGGGGGUGCGAACCUAACCGGUCUUCGCUUGUUUGACCCGGAGUCACCUGCUGUCAUGGAAGCUAUGGCUUCUUGGCGGGUUGAGUAUACUAAGCGGCUAGGUGAAGCUAUCGACGAAGAAGAAGUUGAACAAAUAACGUCGACACCGCCAAGUGCAUUAGUAUUGGCAUACGAUGCCGCACGAAUCAUAGCCCAGGCCUUGGAUCAUUUGCGGCUGCCCAAUGUAGGAGAGUCAGGUUCUUGUGAGCACGGCGUAGCUGCCUUCCAUGCAGACUCAUUGCUCAAUUACAUCCGAGCGCACGAGUGGACUGGUGCAAGCAGCGCAACGGGUAUAUGGUGGGCUGCGGGCGGAGCACGCAUGCAAGUGGCACUCCAAGCGGGAGAAGUAUUCCCCGGGGGACUCGUGAAAGCUGCUGCUGACUGGCACGCACGGACUGGUCUCGUCUGGCGACCGAGACCUCCAGCGCCACCCCCGCCAUCGCACCUAAUGACGAACCGCACCUUCGUCGUUCUUAUCGCAGAAAAUAAACCCUACGUCAUGAGACAACAGUCUGCUGAUCGCCUUUCUGGCAACGAGCGAUAUGAAGGUUUCUGCAUUGAGCUAAUUGAAAGGCUGGCUCAACAGCUGCAAUUUAACUACACUUUCGUUGAGCAACCCGAUGGAAACUACGGCACCCGCAACAAGACAACAGGCGAAUGGAAUGGCAUGAUGAAGCGACUCAUGGAAGACAAGACAAUCGACUUUGCAAUAACGGACUUGACAAUAACGGCGGAACGAGAGGAAGCCGUAGACUUUACAACGCCCUUCAUGAAUCUAGGGAUAAGCAUUCUGUUUCGGAAACCUCAGCCGCCAGCACCAGCGCUGUUAGCGUUUUUACUUCCCUUUUCCUACGGCGUUUGGCUGUGGGUAGGAAUAGCUUAUGUGGGGACUUCCCUAGUACUAUAUAUUGUUGGCCGGCUGUGCCCCGAAGAAUGGCAGAACCCGUACCCGUGCGUCGAAGAGCCAGCGGCGCUCGAGAAUCAGUUUACGCUUGGCAACGCGCUGUGGUUCAAUCUUGGCGCAGUGCUCAUGCAGGGUUCUGAAAUUGCACCUGUGGCUUAUGGGUCACGAGCGGUCGCUAGCGCCUGGUGGGUGUUCGCACUUGUCAUUGUCAAUUCUUACACCGCUAACCUGGCCACGCUCUUGGGUACCAAGACUUCGAAUGAACUCAUCCACAACGUACGCGAUCUUGCUGAUAACGAACUCGGAAUUACCUACGGUGCAAAGGCGGGUGGCUCAACUUAUACGUUUUUCGAGUAUUCUACCGAAGAGCUGUACAAAAGAAUGUUCCAAAAAAUGAAAGACCAAGACAAUCCUAAAAGCAACGACGCCGGGAUCGACAAGGUUAUAAACGAAAACUACGCGUUCUUUGCCGAAUCGACGACAAUAGAAUACACGAUCGAACGGCAGUGUGAAGUGACGAUGGUCGGAGAAUUGUUAGACAGUAAAGGCUAUGGGUUAGCUAUGAAAAAGAAUUCCCAAUAUCGACACUCGCUGAACCUAGCGCUGCUAAACCUUCAAGAGCGUGGCGUACUACGGGAGAUGAAAUAUCGCUGGUGGCAAGAAAAACAUGGCGGCGGUGCUUGUCAGCCCAACGACGAUCCAUCAAAUGAAGAGUUGUCAAUGCGCAAUUUCCUCGGUCUGUUCCUGGUGCUGGUAGUAGGCUGCGCCUUAGGAGUGGUGGUGUCGUGUUGCGAUUUAGCCUGGACAGCGUGGCGACGCCCAAGAAAUCCCACUGCACCAUUCUCUUCCAGGUUCUGGUCCGAAUUGCGCUUCGUGUUUCGCCUGGAUCUCUCGGAGAAGCCGGUGCGCGGUCCGCUGACCCCACCACGGUCGUGCUCGACUCGCUCUCCUCGCUCCCUAAGCUCAGAGGGCCCAAAUGAAGAGCAGGAACCGGAACAAGAGCAAGAACAGGAAGAACCAGAACAGAGCCGGUCUCUGUCACGCCGGCGAGCAAGUGCGCGUCGUUCCUCUAUGCACAAUGCGAGUCUUCGUAUCGCUCGACACACCACUCCUACGCCGCGGUGA